AUGAUGGGAGAGACCCAGCAUGCUUAUGUCACCAACGAUAUUGAGCCCAGUGCCCAAGACAAAGACAUCAGCUUUGAGCAGUUCAGCAAGAAAGAUGUGGGUGGUGCAUUUGACAGCGGAGCGCUGGAUGGUUCAGAGUCAGGCUUACAAAACCGGGCAGAAAAUGGGUCCGGUUUCGCCAGCGCCAAGGACAAGGAGCCUCAUAACCAAAGGGAAGCUGUGAUCCGGCCCCAGCAAGCGGGCAAAAUUGACUUCAAGUCCCUGCACAACAAGUCCAAAUUUCCCAGCGACAGCCCUUGGGGAGCUGUCAAAGGAAGCCCCCAAUCUCCCACUGGAAAGAGCCGAGCGAGGGAUAAAAACAAGCGGUCGGGAAAAGGGGAGCGCGGGCACCAGCAGCUCUACCGGCUCACCAUCAGCAAUGCCAGACCAAACCCCACCAUCGGCAUCGCUUACCCACAGCAGAAGGUCACCCCUCCAAAGAAGGCUGAAGUUGGCCAAGGGCCCAUCUCGGGGAGCUACAGGUUCCACGUUCCCAGCAUCCCCGAAAGGGAGGUGGAGCUCCAGCAAGAAGAUCUCAGCUUUGCCCGCUGCUUCCCAGAGACCACCUCAAGCCAUAUUUCCAGCAACUAUACCUCACUGACAGCAGCUGCGCGCCCAAACCAUGGGGCAAAGAUGCAGCCCCCAGCUGGCAUCCCUCAUGAAAACCCUGGAAGCAGUGGGCAGCUACAUUAUCUGGAGUUCCAAGGAAACGGGAAUAACUCGUGGCAUUCACCAGACAAAAGCCUUCCGGGUGCUAACAGUGGACUCUCUGCCCCAAAGCCCUGCCCCUUCCCUGAGAACAGUAAAUCAAACGCGCACUGCUUGGGGCCUCCGUCGUUCCCGUACCCUUUCCCGGCUUUGCACAGCCCAGCUCCAGACCCUUUCCAGAGUGGUGAUGCCAACACUCAAGAUUAUGUCGACGUUUCAUUGGCCACCAGUCAGGCCUCCCAUGGUGCUCUGGGCUUCCAUUCUUCCUCCAGGGAAGCUCUUGGCAACGGCCCCUAUGAGAACGUGGCUCCAGAGAGCAGGCUGUACGGGUUGGCUCCUCCGCUGACUCAGUUUCUCCAGUCACAGACUCAAGGGCAUUUGCCGUGCUACAAAGGAAGGAACGAACAUUCCACUGACCACAAUGGUGCUAUCUCUCCUUCUGGUGCUAUCGACCAAAACCCAAGCACUUUGCAAGAAAACCAAGCCGUUUUCCCACCCAGUUUACAUGUUUCUAGUAUGCCAAAGCCAAUCGGUAAGAGGCAGCCCUCCCUGAAAGACAAUGUAGCUAGUCAAAGGAUACUGGAUGCAGGUAGCUUGCUGAGAAGGAACAUGCCUCAGAUCUCUCUCCCUCAAGUGCACUUUCAGAACAAGGCUUAUAGUGACUCCCCGGCUAGCGGCUUGAGCAGCCCAGGUCCAGUGCCUUUUGAGAAGAACCUUUCCACUUCAGCUCAUACCCACCCCCGGCUGUUGCAGGCCUGGGAGGGAGGCAAGAGGCCUUAUUCUCCCAUGGAACAGAACUCUAUGCCUUACGCAAGUCCUGCUGGAAACCAACUCUCCUUCGGGAGCCACUCGGGACCGGAGCAGAGACAACAUAUCAAGAAGACCUGGCCACAUCUCCAGCUCACUUCUCCCAUGCCUGGUCAGAACCGGAUUGAGCUCUCAAGGAAGCUUGCCAGCCAGAAACUCCCUUUCCCGUCAGAGUGGGAAGGAAGCAGCAAGGCACACAAGCAUGCGGCCAGCUAUUCUGGUAAAGUGCUGUUGACCGGGGAGGGGGCCAUCAUGCAGAGGCACGAUCCAGCUCCGCAGAACUGUGGCGCAGCGAAUGCCUUCUGCUUCGACGGAGCAAAAGAGGCCGACCUUCCCACUGCGGGUGGCUCAAGGAGCAAGUCCCUCUUCUUCAAUGGGAACCAGGUAAUCCCACCGGCAUCCUCCCGGCUCCCCUCUGGCUCGACUUUGGUGCUGCCGUCCUCAGCCUUGGCUGCAUCCCCGAGUGAUUCCCCUCUCCCGUCGCCUGCCCCGAACCCCACCAACGGCAGUACUUGCUCGUCCCUCUCUCCCAUUUCCAGCACUUCCAGCAGCCACAGCUUUGAAGACGGUGCGCCACUGACCACGUCCCCCUUCUUUCACCACCAGUGCCACCCGAAGGAUGGCAAUAAGCCCGUCCAUGUUUCAGAGCCGCUGUGCACCAGCUCGAUCCACUACCACGCAGCAGACCCCCUCAAGGCCUUCCGACUCUCCCAAGAAGCCUCGAAAGAGGACCUUCUUUACAAAGGCGUCCCCGUGGAGGGCCACUUCCACAAGCCAAAUGUGGACCUCUCCAAAGGGUGCCUGGAGGGCUUUGAGGCUGAGGUGCCUCCUCCGCCUUAUUCCUCGCAUCACUUUCUGGCCAGCUCACUCAGCAGCGCAAGCCUAGAUCAGCUGGACGUGUUCCUGACCUGCAAGCAGUGCGACCAGAACUUCAGCAAUCUCUCGUCUUUCUUGGAGCACCGUCAGUUCUGCAGCUUGCACAUGGCCCUGCAGGGUCAGACAAAAGAAAACUCCCGGGGGACAGAAAUCAGGAAGCCACAACACUUGCCUCCCGAUUCUGGAAAGCACACACACGGUGCCUUGGGACCGAUGCUGCUGCCUGAUUCUCAUUUGCAACUCCUUGCUUUGAACAAGACUGUUGAUUUCCUGGCCGACGGAGAGGGCAAAGGAGAAUCCAAGGAAGACCUUCUCAAGGUGAACCAGCUCAGCAGCCUAGCAACAAACCCUUUGCCUCUUAGUGCCUCUGACUUAGAGAUUGAUGAUGCCAAGCUAGACAGUUUGAUCACCGAAGCUCUGAAUGGACUGGGGUACCAAUCCGAUAACCCAGAAAUCGACAGCAGCUUCAUAGAUGUGUUUGCAGAUGAAGAACCGGCAUCUGUGAAGGUCGCCGGCAGUGGGGCACCUUACAAAGCAAAAGAUGGCUUGGCUUUAGGGAAGAAAAUGAAGCACGUGGGGAUGGAGGAGAAUGUGAAAAUGGGAAACUGUUAUGACGAUCGACCCUGUGAAGACCUGACCAAAAACAGAGCCUCUGAGAAGCAACAGGGGCCUAAAGAAAGGAUGGCAAACUGGUUUCCAGACCAUGGGGGAGAACGACUUGAUAAACAGAACAGCACAGAGUUGGUUCAAAGCAAGGCUACGGAUCCAGUCAUGUAUAACGGGGUACAAAUUGAUGCAACCCCCCAGCUGAAGAUAGGAAGGAAAAGCUGCUGCGGAUCCUUUCUGCCUGUGAAGCAGGUAACCAAGACUUUUCCGGAACGGAAGCAGCCGAAGAAUGUAAAGUGCGCUUCUUCUCCAGUGAGUGACCUCAGACCAGUUGUUGAGCCAGUUGCUGCCUCUGCUGGGAAGGCCAAGCUCUCUGCCAAAGAGGCAAAGAAGCAGAAGCGGCGGAGCGGGACGUGGAGCAAGGAGCUCAUUCACAAAAUUGUCCAGCAGAAAAACAAGCUCCACAAAUUGCACACCAAGAGUACCAAGGCUGUGCCGCUGUCCUUGCUUGCCGACCGACUGCUGCCUGAAACGAAGGACAACAAGUUUGGAGAAUAUGAAUACAUUUCAGAAUCUGAUGACGAGAGAGUGGAAUACGCCAAGCGGCAUUGCAGGAGGAAGCUGGGCUCGAGGUUCAACGGAAGACUGAGAAGUACCUUCAGCAGGAGGCGCCAAGGGAGAGGCGGAAGGGAGAAGGACAAGGAGCUGGCAUGGAGCUACGGGCAGCGGAAAGACAGAGAGGGACCCAAGAGAGCCUUGGGCAAGGAGGGUGGAAGGAAAGACAGCUGCGUGGCCAGAUUGCGCAGCCGAAGCAGCAGGUCCUCCGCCAGCAGUUGCCAGAGCACAACCUUCUCCAGCGAAACUAGCAGUAGCCCCCAAAGUACCGAACGGGCUGAUUCAGACACCGAGAAGGAAAGUGAGCCCAGAAAGAGGUCUCUGCAGAAUCCCAAGCACGUGGUCUCACUUCCAAGAAAAUUCCUGCAUGUUCCUGAGAGAGAAAUGCUAAGAAGAAGCUAUACAAUUGCCUCCGACUUGCCCAGAGAGCCAGACAGUGUCAACUCAGCCAAGAUUCCACCUCCGGUUUUUAAGGUGCAUCAGAACGACAGUCCGAACACAAAUGAAGAUGAAGGAUUGCUACGUACCAAAGGGAACCUACAUCACAGCAAUACUACGCUUGGCAAAAGCCCAGCCACGCUUUUGGGUUCUGAAGAGUCAGAGCAGUGCCAUGGGACGCCCGAUCACGAUGAAGAUAAGCCAAGGGCUACAAGCAAAGCCGUGCAGCCAUGCGAGGUAGGAAUAGAUCAACGUUGGCAUCAGUUUACUGCCUAUAAUGGGCAGUAUCAAGUUGAAGAAUUAAUUGUUCCUCCCUCCAUCGGUAACAAUGGAAUUCCCAUGAAUGAGAACGCAGUCUAUGAAAAAGUAAACACUACGCCUUUAGAGAAGCAAAAGGAAUUUAUUGCUCCCAUCAGCUGUUUUAGUGACAAUCCUGUCGGCUUGGGGAUAGCUGAGAAAGGACCCAAUAUGCUUGCCAACACUGCUGACACAUUUUAUGACUGCAAAGGAUUAUCCGGUAGCUAUGAGUCGCCAGGUCUCUUCUCCGGCUCUCCAACCAUUGAAUCAUCCGGCAGAGACAAUGUUUACUUGUGCCAGGGAGACAUUAAUGUCAGCUCGUUCAAACUGAAACACCCCGUGAUCUCACCGUACGAAGCCAACCAAAGUAAGGUCCCGUCACCUCUGGGCUUUGAUUCUUCUUCUGUCUUUGGAGAGAUCCCCGUAGCUGACUUCGAUGCUACCUUGUACGAUAGUGUUUCUCCAAGCAAGGACAAUUACGUUCCCUUCCCAUGCACCAGUCAUCCACUUGGCAAGAUGACCCCUUUUGACCAGCAAUACUCUUCAUUCCUACAAGAAAAGGAGUGGAACCAGCUAGUAGAGGUAUCACCCGUUUUACCAGAAGACCUUGCCCCGUUUCAUAGCCUUUCUGUGGAAAAGCCGUUAGCAAAGAGCUUCCACAGUGAGAUUAAUCAAAUGCCCUUGCCUGAAAGGAUUGCCGAUUACAACGAACCUUUUAUGACCAGCAUAUCCGAUGACGACCUAGAGAUCAAAAGGUUAGUCACUGAGUUGGAAAGCCAGCUACAAACUAGCAAACUUAACACGGAGGCAUCGGAUGGACACCAAACGCCCAAACGACACACGGAUGCAGAACGGAAGGUGUCUGUCAGCCAGUUUUCUCCUUUAACUCUGGACCAACAGAGCGAUGGAAAGGGGCUAUUCUUAGUGGAGGGUGAAUUUGAGAACACAGGCCUUCUCUCUACAAAAGCCUGCCUCUGUGAAAAUUCAGAAAAUGAGAAGACACUUCCAGAGUUAGAUGCCAAGUAUGGAAGCCCCCGGGAACUUUGGCCUUGUUCAGUCCAAUUCAGUCCUUUACGGUCUACCCUGAACGCAACGUCUGCUGCGGAUCUGAUCCUGGUUGGCUCUUUCGGCUCCAAAGAGUCCCAAGACGAACUUCAUGAAGGUCUGAAGGAUGCUGAAAUCCCUGGGGAAGAAGGCUUCAGGGAAACAAGGGAUUUGUCUACCAGAAUGAUGCCGGUAUCUGACAACACUCCCAGCUACACGGACCAUUUGAUGCGAAGCCCUGAUCCUUUGUUCCCUAAGAACCUGGCGGGAGCUGAGCUAAAUAUUCAUGACACUUUGCCACUGGAAGCAGACGGUUUUCCAGAACUGCCACAAAAGGAAAAAAUGUUUGACAGCACUGAAGAGCUGGAAUCGUAUGGCCAUGAGGUCCCAUGUCUGAAACCAGAAUUUGGACUGCAAGAUGUCAGAGCUCAGGAGGAGGAGGAGAACUUGCUGUCGAGCACUGAACAAGUCAAAGAUCCAGAAGAAAGACCCGUGAGCAAAACUAAGGCGCCUGAAAUGCUGGAAUCUAGGGCACCCAUCCAGAGGGAUGAAGAUAGAUAUCUACUUCUGGAAGAGGCCGAGGAAACGGAAGGUGCAACUGCUUGCCCAAGUCCAGCACCGUGCGAUAAAGCCGGCAAUGGGAAAGCCUUGCUCUUUGAUUCAUUGCCAUUUUCCAAGGAGGUGGAAGGAGGGGCAGAAUACGUGUCGGCCCCUCGAGGGAAGUCAGCUAAUCCGCUGCAGCAGCUGCAGUUGUUCGUUGCCAGGACUGUCAAACACAAUGAGGAGGACUCGCUGCUGCCAUGUUUCCCAGGCCUGCAUGCUGGCCCCCUCCAGCCCACGAGUGCCGAUAUGCAGCCGGAACAGGAAGAGGAGGUUGCAGACAGUGUGGCAAACGGAGACGUGGCUGAAAGCCCCACACCGGGGGAAAGGAAGGGGCUUGUGGGGGACGAGUCGGGAAGCGAAGCAUCUGACCCACCAGAACCGAGCUUGGAAGCAGUUGAGCAAGUGGGGCCCUUGCAUGAAAAGCUCUCUCCCGCUGCAGAGCAAUUGGUGCUUCCGAGCCCUGAACCACACGCGGUCCCACAGCAGCUCUUGAAGGAGGAAUGUUCAGCGGCGGUUGACAUGGAUAGGCCUGCAGGUGCCCUUUCAUCAGAGCACAGUAACCUCUCCCUGCUCAGCAACUCAACGGUAACCUCAUUGCUAAGAGAGGAAGGAUCAGUGGGGGCUCAGGUUACAGGAGAGCAGGAAAAAGCAACCUUGGCAUUUAGGAGCUGCAGAAAAUCCCCUUCAAGCCCUGGAUCAUUUGAGCAAGAUACGCCGGGCCACGCAUUACCAGCAGCGCUCGAAAUCCAAGUCACACGCUGUGCUACUUGGGGCGAAGCAGGCAGUCAAGAACAGCCAUCGUGUCCUGUAAAAUCUCAACAGACUGAAUUGAGUGGAGAGCAGCCACAAAACAACGCAUCUUUGGUUCCCCCCAGCUCUCCUGAAGAUUGUUACCGGGAUGAUUAUGUCUUGCACAAAACAGGCUUCUGUCCAGGAAUGAGCCCGGGCUUGGCUGAAGGCCUGGAGGAACAAGCGAGUCACUGUGUAGAAGCCUCCCGGGAUAGUUUCCCCAUGGAAUCUGAUCAGAAACGUGCACAGGGAAAGAACACGAGAAAUGUAGCACUCCCUGACUUCGGAGAGCUAAUAUCUCAAGAACUCCACUGUCUGAGCGCACCUCCUGACGGCCAGCCUAUUGCACUUUGUGCGCACAAUUACUCCUCCGAUGAAGAGAAAGUUGGCACUGGAAGUCCUUCAGAACACAAGGAAUGGAAAGAAGCAACCCCCUUCACUCCCAUUUUGCAGCAUUGCAAUGCCUCGUCUCCGCUGCUCUUGGACAUGAUAGGCGGCCUACAGCAAGGUCAUUCGGAAAGUGCCCCUGGUGUUUUGGCAGAGCCUCCAAAGGACAUCACCACACCAGCAGCCUUGGAUGCUCCAUUAGCUCUUCCUGCAGAAAUGAACAGACCCUCGGGGCUGCAAAACAACAGUGGCAAAUCCCCUGAGGUGCUGUCUCUUAUGUGUACGGAUCUUUCUGAAGGGCUGCCCCCAAGUCCACAUGGUGAAGACAGUGACCCGUUCUCUGCCAAGGUCGUGAUGGCCAGCUCCCCUUCAGUUUCCCUACAGGGCAUCUUUCUUGGCCCUUCUCCAUCAGAGACUCGCUCUGCUCAGCACAGAGAUGAAGGUGCAGAGCAAACGUCAACACUCCAGGAAGCAAAAGAGACUGAAAGCUGCUCCCUAGAAGUCAGGAAAGAUGAAUCCCAGCAAGAAGUCUUUACAAAACAUGUCGUUAUUCCUGAGAUUCCGACAACUGCCCUCACAAAAAUAGCCAACGAGGAAGCGGCUUGCCUCCAUGCUAGCCGUUGUCGAGAGGCUGGGUACAGCUACAAUUCUCAAAACACGGACAGCAGAGAUGAUGUGAAGAAGAAAGGCCAUGGACAGGAGGAGCUGAGGGCAGGUUCUUCUAGCCCCAGGGGCCAAGAAGAGGGUGAAGAUGGAAAUCCCCAAAAUGUUUCCAAAAUCAGACAGCCGGAAGAAAAGAAGGGAAACAGAUUGCAAGUUGCCUGUGAUAUUUGUUCCAUCUCUUUUAGAUCCAAAACAGGCUUGAUGAGACAUCGGGCUGUGAAACACCAAGAGAACAAGGAUGGGGCUCGGUUGCCUGGUUUGAGUCCGAGCAAGCCGGCCUCUAAGAGGAAUAUGAAGGCUUUUGUCAAAGAAAGAGUGUACACCUCACGCAGUCCCCAAACCACCACUGGCCAAGUUGUUCCCAGAUCCUACCGAAGCCGGAGGAAAGAGCCCAGUGCAGAGAUCCAGGAAGUUGUUAGCAGGGUGCUUCGUGACCUGAGCGUCGUUUCAUUGGACAUAACCCAUGAACAGCAAAGCAUGGAGAGUAUGAGUGAAGAAAGGGAAACAACAGCAGCAAGAUUGGAGGAGUCAAUGCCUAAGUCUAGAAAAAAUUCAAGGACAGGAGGAAAUGAGGGAGAGGCCAAGCCUGUUGGGUCAGGCAUUUUAGCGGAGAAGAAAUUGAGGAGGAAAGGGAAAAAGGGGAAAGCAAAAGGAAUUCUCAACCAAAACAAGGUCAUUGGGUCUCGUCUUUCCGAGGGUCACUCGCAGGGGGUCCCCAGAACUGUCAACCUGGCUCUAACUGUGGCCUCUAAAGAUCUGGAAAAGAGCUCCACCUCCACGGAAGCUCAGACCAAGAGCCAGUUGUCUUUGCCCCCUCUCCCUCUGACAGUCAGUGACUCUGAAGUAGAUGGAAGGACGGCCUCAGCCAAAGAGACGUCUGGAGAACAGGUACUUCCAGACGUAGGAAGGGGCAGCGCAGAGGAGAUGGAAGAUCCAGAGUUAGAAGAAAAGCUUCACAUGCAAGACAGUUGGCAAACUGGGUCCCCAAAGCAAGUUGAGAAACAGUUGAGCAACCUUUGCGAUGAGCAGAAUGAAUGUGACAGCAUGAAUGUGAAGGAACUUGAGGUGAAGGAGCAUCCUUUGGAAGAGGCCAGUCGCAGAAACCAAAACAGUCUGUUGAUGUCGAUACGGAGCCCCGAAAGUCAACAGCUGCCGUCGGACUCUGGACCAGACAAAAAGAGUUCCAUAGAAGAUUCCUCAGGAAAAGCCGCCGCUUAUCCCGGGGAUUCCAAGCCCUGGCAGAUCGGAGAGCUUCCACGGAGUCAUGAAUCUCAUGACGAUGGUCCCAGCCUGCAGAGCUUGUUUGACGAUGACACCACCUUUUCACAACUCUUCCCUCGGAACGACCAGUUUGCCCGGAGGAAGUGCACUCGCGUGUAUGGAAAGCGGACCAAAAAGCUGAAACCUGUCGCAGAGGUGAACACCAAGCUAGAAGUUGCGACCAACCUCUUCACGAUCCGGAUGGCUUCAGACCUUGGGGAAACCAGCUCUUUCUGUGUCACUAGAGACGAUCCUUGUGAGUAUGAAACCAUCUCAAUUGACGAUGCGUUGAUGCUCAACAUGUGCCACAGUAGCAAAACAAUGACGAGCAAUUCCAGUCCCAGCUCGGCCAAAAACGUUGCUCUUCAGCCAGAGGUUAGACAAAGAGAAGAAGCUACUGAUUUGGAGAAAGACGACACCUUAAGCUUCCUGUGUCAGACGGGUCAAACAGAAGUUCUUCCAACCUUGAGCAGCUGGGGUGGUCUAGGGAAAGAGACAGAAAGGGCCUCUGAUGAUGGACCAUUGCUUAAAUCAUCCAUGGAACUUUCCAGGGGCCAUUCUGUGAUGGAAGCCAGUCCGGAACCCCCAGAGCUCGAAGAAGAACCCUGUGAUGCUAGAAGGAAUGAAAACCCCAUCUUACCUGAAUUUCAUACAAUUGAUAUGGAGAUGUUGAAUGCAAAGUUUGAGAUGAGGGACAUGUCCUAUUAUAAUGCUGGAGAAGAUCAUCUCCAUCAUACAGACGAAUGCACCUUAGGUUUGAAGCCAAUGUCCGUCGGCCAAGGCAGGCCACUCAAAAAUAAGCUAGAAGAAGGAAAGCAGGGGAAACCCCGCAGUGACCUAAACCUCAAAACGAAAGAAAAGCAGUACAAGUGCAAAGUAUGCUUCCAGUGGUUCCUCACCUUAGGGGAGCUGGACUUUCACAAGCUCACCCAUAAUCCUUCCCCUCCGCCAACCUGCUACAUGUGCGUCCAGAGGAAAUUCAGCUCACGAGAGCAGUUGAGGGACCACUUAAAGGAGAAGCAUGCCAAGAACAAAGCUGGCUUGUGGGCUUGUGGGAUGUGCCUCAAGGAGAUCUCGGAUGUCUGGAUGUACAACGAGCAUUUGAGGGAGCAUGCGACUCAGUUCGCUCGGAAAGGCCAGGCUCAGAAGUCGGUCUUGGGAAUGCCUGGCUGUUUCAGUGAGGACGAUGCUGCCGUCACUCACUUCCUGAACUCCAUCCUCUGUCGGAAGCCCAGCAAGUCCUCCAAGAAUGCUGAACCCAGUAGCAAAGCUCUCAUUUGCAAAGAGACCAAUGUCCCCAAAGAACCCCCAGGGCAAGAGGGAAAGAUCAGCAAGGACCCAACGGAAAACCCAGUCAGAACCAAGCCUUCAGCUUCUUCCCCCAAAGUAUCGGCAGUUUCAUCCCCGGACCCUGCCCCUAAGGUUGAUGGGCCUCCGAAGACGGUGCCCAUGCACCCCGAGUGCAAAGAUCCCUCGCGAGACUGCCAUCACUGCGGGAAGCAGUUCCCCAAGCCUUUCAAACUCCAGCGCCAUCUCGUGGUGCACAGCUUGCAGAAGAUCUACUUGUGUCACAAGUGCCCGAUGUUCUACCAGGAAACCAAAGAGCUUCGGAGCCACCUUAGCCAGGAGCACGGGACAGCUGAGGAAGUGGACAUCAAACACACCACCCUGUAUGCCUGCGAGCUCUGCGCAGAUGUCAUGCACGUUAUCAAGAAGUCCUUCAUCUGCAGCACCUGCAACUAUACCUUCUCCAAAAAAGAGCAGUAUGACAGGCACAUGGAAAAACACCUGGUGGGGAGCAACAAGACCUUCCGCUUCAGAGGCGUUUUGCGGCCAGGGGUCGUUUCAAAGGAUGGAGACAAGAAAAUCAAAGAAGAGUCGCGCCCAAGGGAAGGCAUGCCUGCUGCCAAAAAGAAGAAGGUCCUCCAUCACAACAGCUCCCUUGUGCAGGGCUCACCUGUGCACCUGGAUUGUCUCCAUCCCCACCAGUUAGGGAGUGAAGCUCUGCUGCCCCCAAGUGAACCUCUGUCCACAGCGGUCCGUGCGACCACAACGCCUCCACUCCAGGCCUCCGUAAAAACAGAAGACCGGAUGGGAGAUUUUUCUGGACUUUUGGCCGAAAUAGAAAAAAAUCCGUUUGGCCACCUGCCUUCGCCCCCUCCCCUGGCACACCAGCAAGAAUCAAAUGGCCCAGAGGCCAGGCACGUGGCUACACUUUCCAUGGGCCAGCUGAUGAAAGGAAGCUUGCCAGAUGAGAAUCCACCUCCAUUUUUAGACUCUCCUGACGCAAUUAGCAUUGAUCUUGCCAGUUUAGCACAUCAACAAACCGAAGCACAAAAGCUGCCUCCCCUUCAUCUCUCUGAGAAGCACAAGCAAGCAGAAGUUCCUGAAAAGGUCACCUUUAGCAGUGAGGUUGAACAUCCCGUGGGCAAAUGGGGCAACUCACAUGGGCAAGAAGCUCCUGUAAGCAAGAUGUCCGAACUUCCUGCAGCAACCUGGGGGGUUACAGAGAGCAAGGGGUCCGGCAAAGCACAGUGGAUCAGCCAUCCUAGUAUGAAAGAAACAGUUUGUCAGGACAGCGCUUUGAAGCUAAAUACACCCGAAGCCGCCUGUCACACUUUACCUCUGAAGGACAAGACAUCACCGCCUGCCCUGAAUCGGCCUGCCAAAGAGAUCCCCUCCAAGAAAGUCACAGUUGGUCAGGAUGGCAUUGAGAAUGCUCCAGACGCCCAGAACCCCCUGGGCGGUACAGGAGAGGUUCAGAAGCCCCCCUGCCCAAAAGACAAGGCCCCACCAGAGAUGGCUGCUUGCCCCAAAGACAGCAAAGCUCAGGUGGGUGUCAAAGACACGGGAAGCAUCCAAAUCAGUCCUGCGAGUGGCCACCUCCGAAGUGACGCUGGAGGCACUCCAAUGAGGCACAACCACCCCGAACCCAGCAGAUUCCAAGAAAGACCCGUUUCCAAUGGGCUCACCAAGCUACUCCCCAAAAAGCGGAGAGAACACAAGUCCUCUCACAAGGGAAGUUCAGCCUCCCGUGAGAAUAUCGAGGGGGACGGAGGCAAGAAGAAGAAAGUCCGAGCGCCAGAAUCCAUGAGGGGCGACAGUGCUGGAGGCUUCAAAAGGGCCGACUGGUCCAAUAGCGAAGCUUUAGCGCUCUCCCCUCGAAGGAGAGAUGUGUACUGCAACAAACUGACCCCCAAGCCCAAGAUGCCCGUGGCAGGUGGCCAGCUCAAGAAGAUGGUGCUUGACCAGUGUUUCCAAAAGAAAGCGGAGAUCCGCCAUUCCAAUGGAGACUUGAAACAAAAGAAGGAUGCCUUGGGAAAGGCCUACCAUCCCCUCUUAGCCAAAGACCCCUCCACUUCCCUGGCCAGCUCUUUAAACCGACACAGAGCUGUCCAAGGUGCUAAGCUCCCUGACACUCACCACUACAGGACGGCUGAAUCCCAGAACAAUCUCCUAAGCCAACUGUUUGGGCAGAAAUUAACUAGCUUUAAAAUUCCUUUAAGAAGAGAUACUUCUGAGUAAUUUAUGAAAGUGACUUAUGGUGAUCCUUCGCUGCUUUCAUGGGGUUUGCAAGGGGGAAAAAAAUUAUCAAAGCAUUAAAUUCGUUUGUGUAGCGUGAUUUUCUCUGUCUAGCUUAAAUGAACUUGCACUGCAGCCUCUGAAAUAGUUUUGCUUUGUGUCUUGAUAAUCUACUUUAAUUCACCUGAUUUAUCAUGCAAAUGCUAGAACUUUGAUGUUGCUGAUGAUUUUCAUGAACUAAAACUGUAAUCGCUUUGGGCAGAGCGAAGCGUCAAGAGGAAAUGCUUUAUUGGAGAAGUGCUGAGGUUAUGGGGAUACUUGCAAAUCCCGGGCCCUUUUGAGACUGUGUCUCUGUUAUCUUUGUACAAAGUACUUGAAGAGAUGAACUUCAUUCCAGAGACGUCUUAUUCAUAAGGUGCAGUACACUGUAGAAAGCAUUUUUUUUCUCCUGAAGAUUUUGCACAAAUAAUCCUGAAUGAUUUCAUUUAAUUGGGAGCCAGCCUAAGACAUGAUACAAUUAAAAAAAAAAUUAAAUUAAGAAGGAAGCAGGCCCUCGUUUUGACAGACAUCCAUUCCUAAGAAUGUGGAGUUAAGAAUGAACUAAUUUGUACAGCCUUAGGGGCCUUUUGAAAGUUGCUACCUUCUUUAGACCACUGUAGAUGUUGCUGAAAGGGAUUUUUAAAAAAAAUUAUAUGUCCCCUCCAACCUAGCUGAACUGCACCUUGAAGAUUUUUUGACAUAGUUUCUUUUUAAUUAUUAUUUUAAUUAUUGAUGUUUUUCCCGUGAGAGAAAACUGUGCCAAUUUACCACCACCGUUACCCCUCCCCGAAAUGCAGUACUGUCCUAAUUAUCUGUAAGGUAUGAUUUCUAACUCUUACUGUAUCGAAGAUAGUUGCUAGAGUUUGGGCUUUCACGACGCAGUUAACUGGUGCUAUUAUCAUUUUUGUAAUGUGAAUACUGACAAGAACAAACAAGUCAAGGGGAGGGAGGGGACAACUCAUUAAAGAAGUUAACAGUUGCCUGUAUUAACCUAACACAGAGAGAGAGAGAGAACAGGGAGGGGGCAUGCUGUAUAUCCUCUUGCAAACCUGGUACUCCACAGGAUAUGCAACCACGGUUACAUCUUGAGGUUUUAAUCUCAGGUGUUGUGUCAUUUUUAGGGUCCUCUGAGGUCACGGAGGAGAAGAGAAGGUGCACUGAAGGGGUUGGGGCAGGCGGGCAGCGUUCUUUCUGUGUGUCUUUCAACUAUAUGUGUUUUGUUUUUAAGUUUUUUUUUUAAAAAAAAGGAAUUAAGUGGCUUUAUCCUGUUAAUAUGUACCUUUACAGUUCUUUGUGUAAAAAAAAAAGUAGGUUAAUUAUACAUUGGGUGCAAUGCGUUAUGUUUAAAGUUUUUAUUUUGAUAUUUGUCAAAGAGCAGAGAAAAGAGCAGAAAACGCCCGUUUGUUUUUUAUAAUGUUGUACAGGGGCCAUUUGAGCACCUCGUGAAUGUUGUUGAAUAAAAUAUGAGAUGAACAAUA